AUGCAAUACACUUCUUCCCCUCCCGUCACCUCUCUCGCGCAAGGCCGACAAUGGCUUUCCGCUCGGGCUGUCGGAUCGGAAGUUUUUAAUUUCGCGAUUCGGGAACGAUGCUCGGUUUCUUCUUCUUCUUCUUCUUCUUCUUCUGCUACAGAAGAGAAAGGAGAGGGAGGGAAAGGGUAUGAAGAACGGGUGAUUGGUCUUGUGGGAUCGUUUCAUUUGCCGAGUUGUGGGUACUUACUUCAUCCGGAGUUUAUGAGGAGUGGGUAUGCGACGGAGGCGUUGAGGGGGUGGGUGGAGUGGUUUUGGGAGGAUGUGGCCUUUUCCUGUUCUUCUUCUACGUCGUCUGCAUUAAUAGGAGAUAGUGAUGAGGGGCGGGGAGGUGGAUGGGAGUUUGUAGAAGCGCAUGUCGAUGUGGAGAAUGUGAGGAGUAUGCGAGUGCUGGAAAAGACUGGGUUUACGAGGUGUGAGGAUUUGAGAGAUUUGGAGGGGAGGGAGGAGGUUGUGUGGAGAUUGGCGAGGCCGGGAGGAAGGACUUUGGAGGAGUUGGGGCUAUUGAAUGGAGUGCAAGAUGAGCCACCGGUGCCACCGGUGCAGUAGUCAGUAGUCAGUAGGAGUGGUGAAGAUGAUUU